UUCCCUAAACGAAAUCGAUCUACUCCAUGAUUCCGAGUGUGUUCUAGGGUUUAUGUUUUCUCGCUUCAAGUAUUGGAUUUUGUAGCUUUUAGGCUGAAAUACUGCCUCACCUUAUCAAGAUGUGUGCUCUAGGGUUCUUUAUUUUCAUUCAUUGAGCUUAGUUCAUUCAUUGAGCUUAGCUUUUGAUUUUAGGGCGGCAUGUGAAAGCAGCAUUUUCUUUACAUCUCAUGUGCCUCUUGAAUCCUUUCUCACUCGACUGCAAUUAUACAAUACGACUUGCACGCAACUCUUUUACCGGUGAAUUUUGGGUUGCCGGAAUCGGGUGGAUUUUGGUAUUUUCUGGCGACCUGAAAAGGCAUCGAGCACCAGACAAAAAAUGCAACCUUGUGUAAUCAAGUCUGGUUUUCAGGUGUUGCCCUGCUCAAUCCACUCUCUGCAACGUUCGUGCCCUAGCUCCCCCAUUUUUAGAAGGCCGUUUUCGAUUGUGAGUGACCCACUUUCUCUCUCAUCAGACCUUUGCACAAGCAAAUUGAAUACCAAGCAAUUACAAAGGAAAAAGAUGAACCAGGCUGCAAUGGGGGAAGCAACAUCUGUAAAGGACAAAGGGAAGUUGCUGGUCUUUGAAAAUGAGGAGGAGCUCAUGGUGGCUUUGGCAAAAUACACAUCUGAAUUGUCAGAGAAAAUUGUCAAAGAAAGAGGAGCUUUUACUGUAGUUCUUUCUGGAGGGUCCCUCAUCAAGUGCCUUGGGAAACUGGUUGAACCUCCAUUUUUUGAUUCUGUCGAGUGGGCACGAUGGCACAUUUUUUGGGUGGAUGAGAGAGUGGUUCCCCUAGAUCAUCCUGAAAGUAACUAUAAGCUGGCUUAUGAUGGUUUCCUUUCAAAGGUUCCAAUUCCUCCUGGUCAUGUUUAUGCUAUCAAUGAUUCACUAUCUCCAGAGGAUGCCGCUGACGAUUAUGAGACUGGUCUUAAGCAACUUGUCCAUUCAGGGGUAGUGGACAUCUCAGCAGUCACUUCCUUCCCCAAUUUUGACCUCAUGCUCUUAGGGAUGGGUCCUGAUGGUCAUGUAGCAUCUCUUUUCCCUGGACAUCAUCUUAUCCAUGAGAACCAACGAUGGGUUACAUAUAUAAAGGACUCCCCAAAACCACCACCAGAACGAAUAACUUUUACCUUCCCAGUUAUCAACUCAGCUUCAAAUAUUGCGCUUGUUAUUGUUGGUGCUGGAAAGGCUGAUAUGAUGAAGAGGGUUCUAUGUGAUGAACAACACUCUGAUCUGCUGCCGGUGCAAAUGGUCUCACCCGUCCAUGGGGAACUCGUUUGGUUUACUGACAAAGAGGCAUCUUCAAAGCUUCCUGGUUCUUCAUUGCUCUGAAUUUGUUGGUUUUAAUAUUAUGAUGUUGUUACUCGAUAACUCUUUUGACAACUUUGUUGCAAGUUGGACUCCUAGUUCAUAAUAUGAGUGUGUGACUUGUUCGAUAUGUUGGUUCUGUUGCAUAAAUAAAACGUUUAUU